CAAUCGACCUCGAAGGUUCUCGACUAUCCCUGCUUAGAAAUUCGUUACGGUUUUCCUUUUUCUACGCCCUCGAGAUUCUGGGAGAUGAGGACGGCUGAAAAACCGAUCGAGUGAUAUUUUCGCCGCUGCGAGGAUUCCCUGACACGCUGUGCUCGUCCAGGUGAAAGAGGGAAAUGAAGAGCGAAGCGAGGGAAGAGUAGACGAGAAAAAAGAGGAGAAAGAAGUUUCGAGGGUCACGUCGCGGAGAGUCAAGCGACCAUUGAGGCCAAAAGGGUGAGCAAACUGUGCGCUGAAAGCCCCGUGGAAAACGACAGACGUACCGUACCUAUAUCGAACUCGAUGCGCUGACCUCCGAGGCUCACUUCCGAGUUCGUGAGUCAGAAACACCGACAACGAUACUUGCGAGUCCGAUACGAAGCUGAGAACUCAAAGAUGAGCGCGAAGAUAUCGCACGCGGCUCGAGCCUCCGCGCAGUCAACGGUCAACCGUCAUACUCGUUCCCCGGUUCCGCUCCUUGUUGCAACAGUAACCAAGAAGAAACAGCAACAAACCAGCAACCAAACAAACGGCAGGCCAUUUUCCAAUUCCAGUCUUCCUGAGAUCAAGAAUUCAGCGGCAGUGACAUCGACCGGAGUCUCGACAGUAUCGAGCGCAGUUUCGAGCGAGGGGAAGGAAGCGACUCUCGUAAAAGUGAAGACGAAACGUCCGGCCGAUUUGCUCGGGAUCGAAGAACCAGUUCCUGCUAAAAAAUCGCUGUUUUUGAAUUUUUUAACGGCGGAUCGAUCCCUCCGAGAGGAAUUCGCUAGUCAAAAGGCUCCGGCUCGCUCUGAAGGCGCCUCGAUUUUGAAGGAUAAAGAAAAAGAGAAGAGCGAGAAAAAAACGAUGCCAUCGUUAACUCGCACCUGCGUGACGUUGCCGCGAAUAAAACGUCUCAACUUUCCGCAUUUCCAAGUUUGCUCGAGCGUACGAUCAUCAGCGGCGGCAUCGUCUCGUCUCGAUAUAACCGUUCCUGACGUCAGUGGUGAAACGUGCGGCAUCAUCGUGACGACGAGUAGGGGCGAUAGGAGCUCGAGCACAAACAGUCAAAGUAGUACUAGCGAGGAAACAGCUGGUACGGGGCGAAAGAUGUCGACCCUGAUUUGUUGCGAGCCUUCAGCGGUGACGGGGGUACGUCCCCGCGACAACCUGAAACUAGCGCUAAACCGUAGCCUGAGCGAGCCGGGUCCACCCUGUUCGGAGCGUCACCACCGUUUUCUAGCUGCUGCGGCUGCUGCAGCGGCGGUCUCGGUAACGAAAGGUGGCGUUUGUUGUGGCACACCGACGACACCCACUUCACCGACGCUCUCGACUAUAUCGACGACGAGCAGUGGCAGUGGCAUGAGCACAAAUAGCACUGGGACCAGUACCAGUCGUGGGAGCCUCGAUUAUUGCAGCAGCAUCGGUGAACCGAGCACAUCGAGCGGAAGUACAAAUAGCAUCGACAUAGUCGAUGCUCACACAAAUUGCUACGUCAAUUGCCAGGCUAAUCCAACUUUCAACGUCAAUUGUCACUCGAGCCUCACUUGCAACGGCCUUUGUGGUAGGAACAUCAACGAGCAGAACCACAACAACAACAACAACAACAUCAUCAACGAUCCGGACAGUCCGACAAUUGAUGAGAUCGCGUUGCUCGACCACUCGAGCAAUCUCAAUCAACAAUUUGAUCACCAUCUUCAUCACAAUAAUCUUCACCAUCUCCACCAUCAGCAUUUUCACCACCAUCAACAUUUCCAACAACAAUUGAACCGUCGGCAAGCCGCAAACUCGGGCAAUCUCUUCCAAACUCCUUCGUCUUGCGCUCCUACCAAACGGUGCAAACUGGAGACCGUCAGCUUACCAACCAGCCCAUCCUCCGAGACGAAUUCUUCUCUUCAACGACAAUUGAUUCUCCAACGUUCGCGCGUCAUCCAAGCUGACGAGCUCGCUCACCGCUUGGACAAUAAACCCGGUCUCGUAAUCCUCGACUGUCGACCCUUCAUCGUUUACAACGUUAAUCACGUGCGCGGUGCUAUCAACGUUAAUUGUUCCGAUCGCUUCAAUCGAAGACGCCUGCAACUCGGCAAAGCCAGCCUCGCCGAUCUAGUCACUGCACGCGAAGGCAAGGAUAUUCUCAAACGCGGCAAUUACACCGAGGUCGUUAUAUACGACGACUGCACCGCUGAUCUUGAACAUCUCCCCGUACAACAUCCCAUUUUUCUCGUUCUCACCGCCCUCGUCGAGGAUCAACGGGAACCCGCACUUCUUAUCGGUGGACACAAAGAGUUUCACCGACGGCAUCGGGAUCUCUGCGAGGACACGCUUCUGCCACCGGGGGGUGGAAGCACGAGUGCGAGUGACUCGGCGGUGAGCGGGUGUCCGAGUCCGGGACCGGGUUGUCCGGUGCUCAGUAACAUGAGUCCACCGACCCCUCAACCAGCUGACAUCGACAAUCAUCCCGCAUCGAGGGUCUUACCGUUCCUGUAUCUCGGCAACGGACGCGACGCUGCCGACCUCCAACUUCUGCGGGGCUUGGGAGCGACCCGUGUGCUUAACGUCACCUCACAACUUCCCGGAUAUCACGAAGAACGGGGCAUCACUUAUCGACAGAUACCAGCAUCGGAUUCGGGACAUCAGAAUCUUAAACAGUACUUCGAAGAGGCAUUUGACUUUAUCGAGGAAGCCCGAAAAUCAGGGAGCAGCGUACUGGUGCACUGUCAGGCAGGAGUAUCGCGAAGUGCAACAAUAGCGAUCGCCUACAUAAUGAGACACAAGGGUCUGUCGAUGAUCGAGGCUUACAAACUCGUGAAAAACGCCCGACCGAUAAUCAGCCCGAAUCUGAACUUCAUGGGACAGCUGUUGGAACUGGAACAGGGUCUCAGGGCGACGGGCGGCGUUCCACCGGCCCAGGAGGAGCCAAAAAACUGUCAUCAAUGCAGGUGGAGUCAUCAGUCCAACAGCGAGGAAGUCACUUCCGGUUGUAGCGUCUGAGAUUCGCCGAAACGACGCUACGGGCGUCGUAAACGUCGUAAACGUUGCAGCCAAUCAUUUUCAUCGAAAUCGUGACACACGAACUAUACAUAUCCUGUUGAAAGAAGAAAUUUAUAUAUAUGUACAAUGCUAUAUAUGAAAGACGAAUAAGUAUACGUUUAUUCGAGACUUGUAGCACGAGAUGGUGUGCAAAAACGAUGAAAAAAUCGCAUCGAACGUGAAACGACGGAAAACCAGUCAACCGAAUUCCAGGCUACGUCGAGUCCAGCCUCGAACUUGUACGAAGAGACGAAGAAACGAAACUUAAGUUACUGACGACGCAGGGAUUCCGAGCGCGCGAGCAGCUCGCGCGAACGAGGACGACAAACUCGUGAAAAUUUCGCACCUUUGUGUUCAUCAUCCUAAAGAACGUGAAUAUAGUACUGGGAAGGAGCGGAAUUGCGAGGAAGCGGAGAAUAUUUCGAUGGAACAAUGAGGAUGACACUUCGGGACAGAAGUUUCAAGGUGUACUUAUGAUUUAUCGUGCGAAUUACGAAUUUAACGUGAAGGAGGGAGGGGGGAUCUCGAGACAGAUCGAGAGACCAUCGGUCCAAGUAUCGAAUGAAUAACAAGUCUCAAGGGAAGAGCAAACAAUCUGGGUUUGUCGAUGACGAACGUAGGGACACACGUUGCAAAUCGAUUCGUUUCCUAAGUGAAGCACAUCGACACUCGCUUAUUCCGCUUCGAGUCUCCGCUCUCGAUCGCAAUUCACCCAGAAGUUGUGAGAAGAGCAAAUUUCAAUGUUUCCCCCCUCGGGGGGAUUCGGGAGGAUGCGCGAGCAAACGGAGAAUUCUGGUGAAGCGCGAUGUGUCGAUUUCACAACCUUGAAAUCGAAACGUGGAUCCUUACGAGUGAAAAAUAUCCCCGAAGGAUCUUUUCUCUUCGUUUGCCAUUUUGGCUGUACAUUAUUUCGUGUUCCGGUAGAAAAAAAGGGGCGUCAUGAAAAGGGAAAGAAAGCUGUUUGUGCUCUGUGAAAAAUCAUCUCGUCACGUGCGAUUACGAUGUUUAAUCAAUGUAUCGUUAGAUUAGAAACUUUUUUUUUCUCUUAGCGCUUAAGUUUUUCCCCUCGCAAACGCGUUCCCCCCUCCUUAGCAUUUAAGGAUCUGACGUUGAAGGUCCAAGCAUCGUGAUCUAGUCGUUUUUUUUUGUUGGGAUAAUACGAUACGUGUUUGAGAUACAAUUGUGGUUACAGCAGAAAAAUCCAUAUGGAACAUUGAAUGAAUAUAUUGAUAUCGUUCCGACGAACGUAUGCAUAAAAUUCGUGCAUUUUCAUUCUCUAAUUGCACUAUUUUAUGCAUACUUCAAUACGGAUAUUGAAAAUUUAUCGCGAGAGAAAAUGAGAAAUAUUUAUAUAUACGUGUGCACAUGAUUCUGUGUAUAUCUAUAUACAUUUAAUAAAUAUUGAAUGUUUGCUAGGACGUAAGAAAAUAUGAACCGUGAGUUCUCGUGCCUCGGACGUUUUUAAACACGAAACACUUAUUCAUGAAUUCGCGGGAUAAAUGUGAACGAGCUGCGUUUGCAAGGGCGAGGGAUAUCAGUUAACGAGUUGAAAGACAAAUUCGCCCAAUGCUAAACCUUAAUAAUACAUUUUUCGUAUUGUAGAAUAAAAUCAUAAAAUUCACUAAACAAAUCUGGAUCCUGAGCGUUAACUUCGAUCGGUUUUUCAACGACUGAAAUCUUAUUGAAAGCCUUAUUCGAGAAAAAAAAUCCCGUUCGAGUUGUGCGGGACAGAAAAAAAAGGAGAAUUCAAUAUGCACGAGAAUUAGUUUAGAAUACUUGAGAGAUAACAAGGAAUUGAUCGAAAUAGCACUUGCUGAAUCGUUGAUCGUGUAUUUGGACCGAUUUUUCAUUAAUUUAUUGCACUCGGACGAAAAUCUUCGCCUGGUAACGAGUAUCGAGCGGUUUAAGAAGCAAGAGAAAUAUUUCAUUUUCUCUUUCUCACUAUUUAGCUCUAAUAUUGAUGCGGAAAAGAAAACUGAACGAAAACACGGCCUAUAACGGACGAUAAUGGUAACUCGAAACGAGUCGACGAUCGAGACAAUAAUAAAAAGAAAAGCGUUAAUGAAAAUAAUUUGUAUUUACGUUGCGAGCAACAGCAGCGAAAGAACAGAAAAAAUAACGAUCGACGAUCGAAUUAUUUUCUCGUUCCACAAAUGGGAUCAUUUGGAUCUCCGGUUAUCCGAUUCCGCCUUAAUUAUCUCGAAACAUGAAACAUAUCAGAACGUCGUCGCCUUGCAUUAAUGCUGCAAAUAUAAAUUUGCAAACGAACAAACAAAAAGGAAUAUUUAUAAUGAUGAAAACGAGAAACAACUGUACAAUGACCUAUAAAAAACUCGAUUUCGAGAAUGAGAGUGGACGCAUUAAUUAUCAUAAUGACGAAUAAUAAGAUGGAUACGUAAAAUGCGAGAGAACAAAAACAACUGAAAUUUUACUAAUUAUGCUCGCUAUUUUGCUCGCCUAAUAUCCUCAGCAGCUUCGAUACGCCGCUGUUCAAUAUACAAUAUCGCGAUUAUUUUGUAUAUCCUGUAUAAAAAAAAAAUAAAAAAUAAAAAACAAUAAUAAUGUACAAUUUUAAAGCACGGAUAUAAAAACAAAAGUGUAAAUAUAAAAGUACAUCGAUAAUGCGGAGCGAAUGAAGAGUAAUGAAUAAUGAAAAUAAGCUUCGAACGUCAACGGUGGAUGACGCUGAAUGAAAGAAUCAUUGACGACAAUUACGUUUUUGCAAAUGAAAUAGCCAGGGAUUAUAUGAUCGAGCAAAAUGUUUAUCGUUGCAUUAAAAUAAAAAGAAUUUAUUUUCUAUUAUUUGUCAAUGAUCGUUAUUUUGUAAAAGCGCCAUCGAUUUGUAAAAGCACAUACAAUAAUCGUUUUCAUCUGAAUUUUAACAUUUUUAUUUUUCGUUUUAAAAAAAAAGCUGAAAAGAAUGGUAAUUAUUUUUAUGUAAGAAUUGGAAUAUUGAUUUUCAACGAAAAAUCUUCGACCUUUAUUGCGCCUCUGUGCAGCGAUGUAAUUAUAGCGAAUCUUAGACGAAUGAAAAAUACCAAAUCUCGCUUCAUGAAAUAAUCAACAGUUAAUUGUGAGAGGAGGCAGCUUUUAAUGUAACAGAUCGAGAUUUCUUUGCUCGCGAGAAAGUUUGAGUAAUCGAAGAAUAUUCGGAAAGACGAAACAUGCAAUUAUAAUCGAGGGAUAGAAUGACAAGUGUUAGUACCUGUUGCAUCGCCUGCUUUGUGCAAAGAGGACAGAUGUUCAUUAAUUAACGUGUGUAAAUAUAUAUAAAUACCUGUCUUCGAAAAGACGCACACACAAACACACACCCAUACACAAACUUCAAGAAUUAUCCUGCUGAUUGCAGCACGAAUUAUCGAUAAUAAUAUAAAUUUGAUACGAAAGCAAUUGAAAAUACAAAAGAGUUGGGUCGAAAAAACUGAGAUAGAUUUCUCACCUGAUUCUGUCGUAGCAGGUGGGAUCAUUUUCGAGUUUACACACACACACACACACACACACACAACCGGAUAACAGAGAUACAAAACAAAAAUAUGUAUAAAUAUAACUCUAUACGAUCGAAUCCCAACGAUUUCGUAAAAUAAGCGUAGAAUUUAUUGUUUAGUUGCAUUAGUUACGUUAUACGUUGUAGUGGAUAAUAAGAGUACAUAAAAAAACACGAGGAUUAAACAAAACGUAUCGCAUGAAUUCUAUGCGCAAGUGUGAAAGCGCAUGUAUUGUAUUAUAUCAAAAUUCAUUUAGUUAUUUUAUAAAUAAAUAAAAUAAUGAAAAACA